CCCAUUACGCAAAGCAAACUAAAACAAAGCAAAGCCUAACCGAAAGCCCCCACUCUUAUCAGCUUCUCUCGGUCUCUCUCCUCAUCCUUAGCUGUAGAGAGAGAAACUGUAACAUCAUUUGAGUUUGCAAUAAAUAACUCUGGGUCUCAGCUGACUUGAAAUUUUUUUUUGUCUACAAACGAAGCUAAGAUCGGAGUACCCUUUGGUCUGAAUUAGAGUUUUCCAUAGGUGGGAAAAACAACAUGGUUGGUAUUUUUUCCAGAUUUUCUGUUGGCAGGGCCGGUCAUCGACGUUCCCAGAGUGCUCUUGAAGAAAGGGAAGUUAUGCCCCCAAAUCCGGAUAUUGCAGCUUCAGCUACGGCUGCUACUGCUACUACUCAUGGGAUUGAAGUAGCAGUUGAGUUUAAGCCAGUCGAACAUCCGAUUGAGCCUUUGGACAAUGACCAACCAAUUCAAUGCCCACUACCUGAACCUUCAAUUCUAAAUGAUGGAAGAAUCUGGAAGGAGCGUGUAUCAGCUGGCGUAAUAAGGAGAGGUGACUUGCCAGUUAUGAAGGAUGGAGACAGCCUUGAAUCUGAAGCAACUGGAACAAAACCCCAGCCAACUCAUUCUAAUCGGCUGAUUUUGCCUUCUCUGAGUGCCCCAGAACAUAAUUUAUUAAACCUUCUUGAAGAAUGUAAUGCAUCUGGGAUCUGAAGCCUGAUACCAAAUCUUGGUUAGAGUUCAACUCGGAAUAAUUUGCAUAUAUAAGUUCAAAGUGUAUUUAUUUUUUGGCACCUAUUUGGUUGAAUAUAUAGAUCAUGGAAAGGUUACCCUCACACCUGUACAUCUAAUAAAUGGCAUCAAAGCUUCAGUCCACUAACCCUGCUGACCUAUUACUCUUCUCCAUAUUUGUUCUUGGAUGAAAUCACCACCAUUUGUAUUUAUUUUACUAGUUUUAACACCUUUCCUGUUGGCUUUUUCGCAUAGGAACUGACUGCAAGUGUAGUAGCCAAUUAUUUGGAUUGGGUAGUCUUUUGUUUCCACUUUCCUAAUCCAGUUAUAGGCUUGAAGGAAAGGAGAUUGUCAUGAGUUUGCUAGGCACUAUGGCAUCUGUUAUUGCACUUUGCAAUGGAUGAGCAUGCUUGCCAACUGCCUUUUUGGGGUUCCUGAGAAAUUUGCUUAGAUAUAGAUAUGUUGUAAGAAUUUCAAAUGCCAACGGUUGCAAUUCAAUAAAUAGCUCGUCAAUUUGAGGAA